UCCUGCCAAGCUACUGAGUGAACUAGCCACGGAUCCUGAACUUGUGCGAAAAAGGCCAAUGACUAAUAAUAUGACUAAACAACAACUAAAAAAAGCUAUUGAAAUUGACAUUAAGGAAUUAAAAGAAAUCUUACCCAUUAACGAGGGAUUAUUACCCAGUGAGGAUGAUACCGAAACCUGA